UUGGAAUUUUCUUACAGAGUCCCAGGAUUUCUUUUACUGUUGAUCCACGCAGGUAUGAGAGUUUCGUCAACGUGUUGACAAAUACUUGUUUCUUGACUUAUCCAAGCAAAGGACUUAUAGGAGAUGCCUCAUGCCAGUGUGGGGAGCAUGCGAAUUUGACUGAGCUCUGAUUAGAGGCUGUUUUGGAUCUUGGCAUCUUUGGUCCAUUAGGAACAUGGAUCUCGCACCACCAUUGAGUUCUGGCUGUAACGUGAUGGAAGCACUCCGGGUUGAUCUGGGACUGCUGGUGAAAGAAGAAGACAUGAAAGAGGAGGAAUAUGGUCAUAUGGUUGCAUGUCCAGAUGAAGAAGAAAAGCCCUUUGCAGAGCUUCACUGCAAAACGGAAACAGAUGAAACACCGACAGUGGCGGAGAUUGAAGUGAAGAUUGAAGAAGAUGAUAAUCAAGAGCACGAUAAUCUGCUGGAAAGUCUAUCAGAACACCCACAUGUAACGCAACAGAAGAUCCAUGGACAGAACGAUGAACUCAACCUGCAACUCAAAGGAAGGCUGCACCACUGCACGGUCUGCAGGAAGAGUUUCACGACCCUGAGAGAACUCAAGAAACACCAGCAAACACACACUGUUAGGGUGAAUGAAAAGGAGAAGUCUCAUUGUGAAAAAGCAUUUACAACAUCCUCACUAGUUAACCAGCACAUUCUUACACACACUGCAGAGAAGCCUCAUCAAUGUGCCCAGUGUGGAAAAGGUUUUUCACAUAGUUCAACUCUUAAAAACCACAUGCUGAUACACACUGUAGAGAAGCCUCAUCAAUGUUCCCAGUGUGGAAAAGGUUUUUCACACGGCUCAAGUCUUUCACGCCACAUGCUUGUACACAAAGGAGUCAGGCCUAGUAAAAGAGACACUGGAGAGAGGCAUCAUAAAUGUGUCCAGUGCGGGAAAUCAUUUAGAACAUCCCAACAUCUUCAACGCCACAUUAUUACACACACUGGAGAGAAGCCUCAUAAAUGUGCUCUGUGUAGAAAAGCUUUUUCACAAAUUUCACAUCUUAAAAACCACAUGCUAAUACACACUGGAGAGAAGCCUCAUAAAUGUGUCGACUGCGGGAAAGCAUUUUCAUGCAGUUCAAAUUUUAAAAGCCACAUGCUAAUACACACUGGAGAGAAGCUUCACAAAUGUGUGCACUGUGGAAAAGCUUUUUUAAAACGUUCAAAUCUUAAAUGUCACAUACUAAUACACACUGGAGAGAAGCCUCAUAAAUGUGUCCAGUGUGGAAAAGGUUUUUCACAGAUUUCAAGUCUUAAAAGCCAUAUGGCAAUACACACUGGAGAUAAUUCUUAUAAAUGGGCCUGUUCUGGAAAAGGAUCUCGACAAAUUUCAGAUCUUAAAUUCCAUAUUUACACCAGAGAGACGCCUCAUGAAUGUGUCCAGUGUGGAAAAGCAUUUGCACACCCUUCACAGCUUAAAACCCAUAUGCUAACUCACACUGGAGAGAAGCCUCAUCAAUGUGUCCAGUGUGGAAAAGCUUUUUCAGUAAUGUCCAGACUUAAACGUCAUAUGUUAGUACACACUGGAGAGAAGCCUCAUAAAUGUAACCAGUGUGGAAAACUAUUUACACACCUCCAAACUCUCCGACAACAUAUGCUAAUCCAUACGGGAGAGAAGCCUCAUAAAUGUGUGCAUUGUGGAAAAGCAUUCAGAACAUCCACAAACCUUAGAUACCACAUGGUUACACAUAAUGAGCUCUCAUAAAUAUGUCCAGUGUGGAAAAGCUUUCACAGAAAUGGCAAGUCUGACAUUCCAUAUACUAACACACAGGAGAGAAGCCCAUAAAUGUGAAUAGACUAAUGGAAGAUAUUUAAGCAAAUUAUUACACUUAACUUUGUCGCUUUGGAUAUAAGCGUCAGCUAAAUACAUAAAGAAAUAAAUAAACAAAUAAAUAAUGUAUUUAUGUAUGAAAUGUGCACUAAAUUCCAUGCAAAACUCAUCAAUAAUGCACAAAACAAUAAAUGGCAUGGUAUUUGCAUGAUGCAAAUGAUUAUGUGAAAAAGAUUUCAUGUAAGUUCUACAACCAAGAAGAGUGAAUGCUCAAAUUUCAAGUAAUCAUCAUUCACAUCAUACCAUACCAUGGCAUUGUGUUAGCGUUUCGGAUGUGACAGUUUUGCGUGGAAUUGCCCAUUAGAGAUGUUGGAAGACUUGGCCAUUAGAGAUGUUGGAAGACUGGUUUUCCUCUCCUCUUAUUGGUGCUCCUGGCUUGCUGCUCAUUUGACUUCUACUACUCCACUCCUCUCUUCUCCUCCACUCCUCUUCUACUACUCCACCCCUCUAUUCUUCUAC